GCGCAAAGAGACCUACCAUCGAAGAAGAAACAUCCGCCGUUGAUUCACUGUAGUUGUUAGCAUUUCAGCUAACAUUAUCGUAAUUUAAAACAAACACGUAAUUUUUUAAGGUUUACAGACUGCUUGCAUCCUUUUCAGUUUAGGUGCUCACCAUGGCGACCGGUGCUGAUGUGAGGGAUAUUUUGGAGCUAGCAGGAGGAGACAAUGAUUCAGGACCCAUCAGCAAGAAAGACAUCAUCAACUCAGACAAGAAAAAAUCCAAGAAAGUUACAGAGACCUUGACAUUCAAGAGACCGGAAGGAAUGCACAGAGAAGUUUAUGCUUUGCUCUAUUCUGACAAAAAUCGAGAUGCUCCUCCACUAUUGCCGAGUGACACCACACAGGGAUAUCGGACAGUGAAGGCAAAGCUAGGCUGUAAGAAGGUGCGCCCCUGGAAGUGGAUGCCAUUUUCUAAUCCAGCCAGAAAAGAUGGAGCCAUCUUCCAUCACUGGAGACGUGCAGCAGAGGAGGGAAAGGAUUAUCCAUUUGCUCGUUUCAACAAGACUGUUCAGGUGCCUGUGUACUCAGAGCAGGAGUAUCAAAUGUAUCUCCAUGAUGACGGAUGGACGAAAGCUGAAACGGAUCAUCUGUUCGACUUGUGCAAACGUUUCGACCUGCGGUUCAUUGUUAUUCAUGAUCGCUAUGACCACCAACAAUACAGAAAACGCUCUGUGGAGGACCUUAAGGAGCGUUAUUACAAUGUUUGUGGCAAGUUAACAAAGGUUCGAUCAGGAACAGGGACAGAGCCCAAGAUCUACAUAUUUGAUGCUGGUCAUGAGAGACGCAGGAAAGAGCAGCUAGAAAGACUCUUUAACCGUACUCCAGAGCAGGUGGCAGAAGAGGAGUACCUGGUCCAGGAGCUGAGGAAGAUUGAGACACGCAAGAAGGAACGGGAGAAGAAGGCCCAGGACCUGCAGAAGCUCAUUACAGCCGCUGACACAACCACAGAGAUGCGCAGAGCAGAGCGUAAAGCCACCAAGAAGAAGCUGCCACAGAAACGAGAGACAGAAAAAACAGCUGUCCCUGAAACUGCAGGCAUCAAAUUCCCAGACUUCAAAUCUGCUGGUGUUUCACUACGGAGCCAGAGGAUGAAGCUACCCAGCUCAGUUGGACAGAAGAAGAUAAAAGCAAUUGAACAGAUCCUGACAGAGCAAGGAGUGGACCUUAACCCCAUGCCUACAGAGGAGAUAGUGCAGAUGUUCAAUGAACUCCGCAGUGACCUGGUUCUGGUGUACGAGCUGAAGCAGGCCUACAGUAACUGUGAGUACGAACAGCAGAUGUUGCGGCAUCGCUAUGAUGCUCUGUUGAAAGCAGGGGGCGCCGUUACACCACAGAGCGAGAGUGGUGGAGCCCCUGACAGUCAAACCUGGCCCAGCGCUGAUGACAUCAAAACUGAAACCAAGGAACAGAUAAUUGAUGUGGUUGGAGCUCCGCUCACUCCAAAUUCGCGCAAACGUAGAGAAUCUGCCUCCAGUUCCUCAUCUAUCAAGAAGGUGAAGAAACCAUGAUAUAAAUUACUUUUUAAACUCAGUUGGACACUUUGGGAAGAGGAAAGAGAGGUUUCUGGGUCUCUCUUAAGUGAUUGCCUGCUUUGGUCAGGGUCAAAGGGUGAGGUUGAAGACGUAGGUCAUCUAUUAUUUGCUCUUUUGAUGACCAGUGUCUGGCUCUCUCCGUUAAUAUAUUCAGCACAAUGACUACCUCUCUUGUCCACUCCUCAAUCCUGCCUGCUUCUCUCCUUUCUCCAUUUUCUGGGCCAAACCUGUGCCAUGACACAGACCACCCUUGACAUCCUAUUCCAUUUUACCACCUCCUGUGUCCUACAAGGCUGCCCUAAACCCAGAUGAACUGUAAAUUGACGGAGAGAGCUAAUCGGCACAUGACAAGACAGAAGCUAGGAGGGCGGAAAAAGGAAUUGUCUGCUUGUCUGUCUGAACGAAGCGUAUGCUGUACAGAUGGUUUGAGCAUGUCUGGAUCCUGUUGGGGAAUUUAUUGAAAUAGUGUUUGCUUUUUCCUUGGCUGCUGCUUGAAACAGCAUGCUCUGGAAAAAUGCCAACAUUUUUGGAGGUGUCCCUGUCUGUACAUCUGCCAUUCUGAUGUGCUGACUUUCACCUACAAUCCUGCGUUACCUCAGAAGAGCCUUACACCUCAAUCUCAAAUAAAUGCUUUCUUUUCAGUUUUUAUGUCCAGAUUCUUGACUGUAAAAUGUCUUUGUGUAGAGGUUUAAUAAAUUUUUUUUUUUUUUUACUAGUUUUUCCCUCUUAAUCAGUUAAAAUAAUAUACACUGCCAUUCAAAAGUAUGGGGUCACUUGACUGAAAUGUUUCUCAUGAUCUUAAAAAAUCUUUUGAUCUGAAGGCGUAUGCUAAAAUGUUUGAAAUAUAUAUAUGUUUUGUAGACAAAAAUAUAAUUGUGCCAACAUAUUAAUUUAUUUCAUUACAAAACUAAUAAAAACAUUUUUGAAAUGGAUGACUUGGACCGAAUAAUAAAGAAAAGCAGCCAAUAAGUGCCCAACAUAGAAGAGAACUCCUUCAAUACUGUUUAAAAAGCAUCCCAGUGUGAUACCUCAAGAAGUUGGUUGAGAAAAUGCCAAGAGCAAGUUUCUGCAAAUUCUAAGCAAAGGGUGGCUACUUCGAAGAUGCUAAAAUAUAACAUUUUUUAAUUAUUUUGGAUUUUUUUUAGUCACAACAUAAUUCCCAUAAUUCCAUUUCUGUUAUUCCAUAGUUUUGAUGACUUCACUCUUAUUCUAAAAUGUGAAGAAAAAAUAAUAAAGAAGAAUGAGUAAUUGACCCCAAACUUUUGAACGGC